UAUUAAAUUCAAAUUGAAAAGUCUGCCUCUAUAGCCUACUCUAUAUUCAUGUUUGAUUGACGUCCUACUUGGGGAUUAUAUCUUUAGAGUUACUAAAUAAUUGAUUGGACAUUCCACAUCUUUCAACUGCCAAAUGAAGUGCAGUUUGAAAAUAUUUUCUAUUUUCAUCUGGUUCUUACCUGUUGCUCAGUCAACAACGCAACAUGGAGAAUUAUGUGUGACUAAAUGGAAGAACGGUCAUUUUGUAACCGAAGGUUCUUGUCAAAGUCCAACUACCAAUGAUAUCGUCAAACAACUAAAACAAAAAGUAUACAAAAAUACUUGGUAUGUGGCAACCAAUAAUUUUUCCUAUAAACUGUUCCACGAUAAGGUGUCGUAUGAAACUGCCCAAUACGAAUGUCAGAAAAGGGGUGCUAACCUCGCUGCCGCUGGUAUCCGUGAUCCUGCAGUGCGCAGUGAAUUAAUGCCACUCAUUAAAGAAGCGGCAUUCGACACUUGGAUUGGCUUGGAUGACAUUCAACAAGAAGGAAAGUUUGUUUGGAAAGACGGCGUCACUUCAACAAGGGAAAAAACUUAUUGGUUUGUCAACCAACCGGAUAAUCAGGGCGGCAUUGAAGAUUGCGCGCAUUUUCGACCACAUUACGAUUGGAUGCUAAAUGACGAACCUUGCUCAAAACACCUCAAAUUUUUCUGCGAAAGAAGAAAUUAAUUGUUUAGUCUUCAACCAACCACAACUGUGUAUGUCCACGUAUUUACUUCCAAAAAACUGAAUAUGGACAUGGUGGUAAUUUCCACAAUCGACAUAUAUUCACAAGUUAGAAUCUAGGAAGCUGUAAUAACACAUAUAAUUGAACAGAUAAGUGAGACACCAAUUCUUCAAAAUUUCAUGACCCCCAAAUGUAUUAUUCUUUACAUUCGAUCUUCGUUUACUGUCGUAUUAGAACCAGUAAGCGAAUCUCAAAGUCAACUGUUCACACUUAAUCGUUAAGUAAUAUAGGUGUAUAUGCAUUUAAUUUGUAUAUCGAAUAUUAAAUUUGAUUUAUGGGUAAAAUCAAAAAAUGUUGUUAAACAAUUUUGAUCAUUUUUUCUGUGCUUCCCAUGGAUAAUUCUUACUCCCCAAAUUUUGCUGAAAAAUUAGAAGCUUUCGGUCAACGAACGUUGUAGGUUUACGUUAAGAUAUUUGUGGAAUGAUUUUCAAAAUAUGAUGGUCGUGAAUAUUUUACCAAACACUAGGAAUUUUGCGGCAUGAUGUCCUUCGCCACGUCUCAAGUUGUCGAUCGCGUCUGAUGUUGAGUGAAUUUUAUUGAAAUACCGCCGAAAAUUUUGUCGAACCAGUUGUGUUGUUUACAACAAGAAGAUCACAGUACUUUACAUGCGCAAGAUACAAUAUGCACAUACAGUAUUUAAGUCUGGGCAACCCGAUAAAGCAUAUUAUUACGUAUCAAACGCUAGUUUUUUCCGCUGCCAGUGUUCAAAAAUGAAGUGCCGAAUAUCGCGUGUCUAGACUGACAAACGAUCAUAC